AUAGGCGGGCGUACGGCAAUUUGCCCAGUUAGCACGGCAGUUCAAUUCCGACGGAACACCCGGUCGCCGAGUGCGGGAUCGUUUAAUUAAUAACUUGCUACGACUUCAAGAGAAUACAUAUAAGGUAGUGUUCUCCCAAGCGAAAGCCAAUUUACAAAAAAAAAGAAUAUUAUAAAGAGGGGACAGACCAAGAAGCGAUAUAUAUAACCUUUUCACCAUCAGAAGACACUGAAAUUCGCAAUGUCCGUUGCACUAAUUACAGCGGGGAGCGCCGGGCUUGGAGCCGCGGCAGCCCGGGUCUUCGCGAAGAACGGCUUCCGAGUCGUCGUGAACUACGCCAACAACGAAGAAAGGGCUAAUAAGCUCUUGGAAGAAUUACCAUCCCUAUCUACUCUGCCGGGCGAUAAUUUCGUCACUAUCAAGGCUGAUCUGGGUAGCCGGGAUGAUAUCAACCGUCUUAUCAAGGAAACUGUCGAUAGAUUUGGUAGACUAGAUGUCAUAUUCUCUAAUGGCGGCUGGACUCGUUUCCGCGGGAUGGAUAGCAUUGACGACAAUGCAUACGAGGAAGAAUGGGAUCGUGCCUUUAAUAUGAAUGUAAAAUCCCACCUAUGGCUGAUGCAGGCGGCCAAGAAGUAUCUUGACGAAACCGAGGGCGCUUUCAUUACCACGGCGUCUAUUGCUGGUGUGAUCCCAAGCGGUAGUUCUCUGGCAUAUUCCGCUACCAAGGCGGCACAAAUCCAUCUGGUGAAAGCGCUUGCGAUCAUGGCUGCCCCCAAGAUUAGAGUCAAUACCGUCUCCCCUGGGCUAUUGCUAACGGAAUGGGCAACCCGCUUUUCAGACGAGCAGAAAGCAGCCCAUCUACAAAAGACCAAGCUCAAGCGCUUCGUUAGCGUCGAGGAUGUCGCCGAGCAAGUAUUUACUUUUGCAAAGAGCAAGAGUACGACAGGUAUCAACAUUGUGAUGGAUUCGGGGUUUAUUCUGUGAUCUCGUCACGGUGUAUGUGGUGUAUGUGCUGGUUCUGCCUAGCAAAGGCGAACAUGGCGAACAUGGCCUACUUGUACUUGGUGGGUACUUAGACACUCGCCCGUAGACUGAUAAAUAUAAAGUGUAAACUUAGUGAACAAGCGCAGUUGAUCAUGUGGAAUAAACGUGUAGUCUGAGUUGCGUGUGGCUUUUAGAAUAAAUCAUGUAUAAAUUAGCUGAGACCAAUGAGAUGGAGAUGGAAGCAAAC